UCAAAGCAAAAGACUGAUGUUUUUGAUUACAGAUUUCAAAAAAAUUCUGCAUAACAACAUGGAAUGAAACAAAUUUGUAGAUCUUUUUCAAAUUGUAUCGUAUCGAUUUCAACUCGAUUUUCUUCGUAAAUUUAUCUGUGCGUUAUUCUCGAUCAUAAAAAGAUGUUUUUGUUGUGGUCUUUCCAAAGAUUUUUUACUGAUUAAAAGAGUUGUAAAAUGUUGUGAAUUAUAUGUACAGCUGAUUUCAAGAUAAAUGAAACUUAAUUGUUAAUUGUAUAAUGACUAUUGUAACUCAAGCCCAAGGUGUUGGACUGCAAUCACCCGAUGAAGCCAAUGAAAUUACGAGUUUACACCAAGCUCCUACACACAUACCUGGUAUCGGCGGGAGUCCCAGCAGUGCAGAAUAUACCGGGUAUGGACCUCAUUUACCCGACCAACCAGUCGGUGAUAACAAUGCAGAACAGAAAGAUGAUAGCUCAGCAGCUCCGUGCUCCUGUGGAUCGUCUACCUUUCCUGCCGAACAGAAUGAAUUCCCGCCUUUUAAAGAAGAUCCGUCGUUUCCUCAUAAUCAAUUGGCUUCAUUAGAAGAUAAAAUAAAUAAUACAAAAUGGGUGAUACCGGUGCUGCCUGAACAAGAGCUAGAAAUUUUAUUGGAUGCUGCCAUAGAAUUAUGCCGUACUGGUGAAGAUAGCAAAAGUGAAGCUUGUCAGAGAUUUUUUCGCGACUCGAUGGCGAUAUGUAUCAACAAGAUUAUGACCGAUGAAGCAGUUGGAGGCUGGAAAUACACUAUUCACCAUUGUAUAUACGAUAAUUGUUUACGUUUCAUAGAAAUAUGCGCAUUGAAAAUUAAAGAAGAUUGGCUUCCUUUGCUAGAUUUAUUAGCCUUGGUUUUAAAUCCUUGCAAUAAAUUUCAUACCGUGAAUGCUAUGCGUCCUUCGGAAACGAUUUCUAUUGGACAAACGUACCCGGAUGAUUAUCUUUUUGCAAGGCCUGCCUUAGAUACCAGGCCUUCGAGGGGUUGGCUAGUCGAUAUGCUGAAUAAAUUCGGCGAACAUGGUGGUUUCCAAGGAUUGCUGGAUAGAUUUAAGAGUGGAAAACCAUUGACAAUUCCAGUUGUAUUUGCAUUAAUCAGACCGUUUGGGUUCUGUCACGAAUUACUUACCGUUCAUACAAUCGCUACGUAUUUUUUACCGAUUAUUGAAAUGAUACCAGAGGCGUUGAAAAAUUUAACCGAUGAAGAACUGAAACGUGAAGUGAAAAAUGAAUCGAAAAAUGACGUAAUAUCGACCAUCAUUCGAUCAUGUCGCUGCUUACUGUCACGUGUACCUAAUCAGGAAGAAAAAAUGCGCGAGUUCGAAAUGUUCAGAUUGAAAAUGCUGUUGAGAUUGCUGCAAAUUUCGUCGUUUAAUGGUAAAAUGAACGCGUUGAACGAAGUUAACAAGUUGAUCGCAGGAAUAUCGUAUUUUCCAAAUCGACACAGUAGUAUGGAUCAUGAAAACGAAGAAUGGUUGACUUCAGAAAGGAUGGCGAAAUGGAUCAAGGAGAAUAACGUAUUGGAGAUUGUUCUUCGUGACUCGUUGCACCAGCCUCAAUACGUUGAAAAAUUGGAAAAAAUUCUUCGAUUUAUCAUCAAGGAAAAAGCUCUCACGUUAGAGGAUUUGGAUGCGGUAUGGGCUGCUCAGUCUGGCAAACACGAUGCGAUUGUGAAAAACGUUCAUGAUUUAUUGGCCAAGUUAGCGUGGGAUUUCUCGCCGGAACAACUCGAUCAUCUUUUUGGAUGUUUUCAAGCGAGUUGGUCAACGGCGAAUAAAAAGCAGACGGAAAAAUUGCUCGAGUUGAUAAGGCGGCUGGCUGAAGACGAUAAAGAUGGUGUCAUGGCGCAGAAGGUUUUAACGUUGUUUUGGAAUUUGGCUCACAAAGAAGAUGUACUACCUGAAAUACUGGAUCAAGCGCUAUCAGCCCAUGUGAAAAUUUUGGACUACAGCUGUUCGCAAGAUCGAGACGUACAAAAAACAUCGUGGAUUAAUAAAUGCGUCGAAGAAUUGAAGAACGAGAGUAAUUGGGUAUUGCCAGCUUUGAAAUUGAUUAAAGAUAUCUGCAGCUUGUACGAACCCUCUUCAAAUAUCGGGCAUACUCAAAGGCAGCAUGUAUUUCAUAGGCAAGAGAUUAUUGAAAAAUUGCAACGUCAGUAUUCUUUAAUUGUUUUGGUAACUGAAAAUCUGGCUUCUUAUAUCGAAUCUGUGAGACAAGUUGUCAAAGAUCAUCCAGAUCUUGAUCCCAGCACUUAUUACCCAGACAAACGUUAUAAUCAUAUUCAACAAGUUCAAGAGAGACUUUCUUUCUUAAGAUUUUUGCUAAAGGAUGGCAGGUUAUGUCUUUGUAACGAGCAAGCACGUCAAAUUUGGGAGUGCUUGGCUGAAAAGAACGUAUUUGAUUGCGAUAGAGAAGCAUGCUUCAAGUGGUUUUCAAAAAUCAUGGGUGAAAUUCCAGACCUGGAACCGGACAUUUACAAAGACUUUUUUGAGAGUAAUGUUCUACAAUUUGACCCUGCUCAGCUGACGGAAAGCGGUAUGAAAUGUUUCGAACGAUUUUUCAAAACUGUCAAUUCAAAAGAAGGAAAAUUACGCCAGAAAAGAAGAGAUUAUCAGACUGACGAUCUUGAUUUAAUUGGAACUGAAUAUUUAUGGAGGGUGCUUACUUAUGGCGGUGACGCGAUCGCAAAUCGAGCUAUAGAAUUAUUAAAAGAGGUGAACACGAAUUUAGGCCCUCGUUUGCAAACGUCGUUGUGUGAUUUUCAUGAUAACCAUAUAUCUGAGUGUAUCAAUCGUCUGAGAGCCUUAUACGAUACCAUAAGUAUAUUAAGCAAGCAAGAUAGCUCGUGUAUGGAAUCGAACGAAGGUCCUGUCAAGAAUCCAAUACGUAAAGAAUCUGUCAGGAUGUGUCGUAUCUUGAGAGUCUUAUACGAGUAUAUUAACGAAUGUGAUAAUAACUUCGCAUCCGAAAGGAAACUGUUACCUUUGUACAGAGCCGGACGAGGAAAACAUGUAGCUUUAAUCGUGCGAUUCGCCAAUACCGGACGACAACCCGAUGAGAUAGAAUUAGUUUUGCACGGAAAUAUGACUGUCGGAUGUUUGAGGAAACAGAUAUUGCGUAAAUUGAAAUCGAUUUCGAAUAAUCUGAAAGUAGAAUUGUACGCGAACGGAGAAAUGUUGGACCCAAUUGACGAUAAAAGACUGAUAUCGGAUAUCCCUGCUAUUAAAGAUAAAUCGUUAUUGACAGCAAAGCUCGUGCAAGGAAGUGGUAAUUUGGUUAGUUCACCCGAUAGCAGUUCCGAUAGUUCGACUGGUUCACCGCACCAUGCGUUAGAUUUAUCUCCAAAUGAAGAUGAAAUGUACUUACCUGGCGUGAUUAUAUCGCGUAACGAACAAUACACCCAGUUCUUUUUUCAAAUCGCCGAUCGAGGUUCGGAACUAGGCGAUUCGGAUCUACGCGAUGCUGCCAGAAAUAUCCUCAGAAUUAUUCCACCUGAUCAAAACACAGUGGAGAAUUUAUACAUCUUAUUUUGCAAUCCUGAAAUCGACCCGCAAGAUGAAUCGGUGCAAUUACCAACCUUGGAAUCAAUGUUCUUUGGACCUUCUCCUUCGCAAGUGUUAUAUAACAUCGAAGUGCUAUAUACGUUACUGAUGCCCACAUAUGAUCCACAAACGGACAAAACAGUCGAUUUUCAAUUUGCCUUUCUGUGCAGCGAUAAAGCUCAGGUUGCGCUUGAAAUGUUGACCAAGAAUAAUUUUCUACCUCGUGCCGAUGUCGCCACUAAACGAGCGGCGUUUCUUACCGUAUUGAAAAUCUGCUACGUGUUACUUUCGGUUGUUGGACAUAUCGCGUAUAAGGUGGCUGAAAGUUCUAGAAAUUAUUUGAUCGAAUCGAGUCCCCAGAGCGAAGAUGGUUUUGCGACGAAUAACGCCCUUAUAUUGAUCAAAGAUGCGUUCUACUCGUUACCUAUCCAUAGUACCGAUUCGGCUGUUCGUAGCUUGGUGGCUUGUAAAGUUGCUCAGAAGUUCAUUGACGAGGUUUAUAUGAAUACACGCUGCAUUGAAUUUCAUUCUUCUAUCAUCGACGAAGGUGUUAAAUGCAGUAUACCUCGACUAGAGACCAUUCGCGCCAUAAUACGAUUGGCUUGGGCGUGUGCCGGCGGUAAUAUGCAACUUUUGGUCGAUUCGGCUGGAACUGACAUGUUACAUGUUGCUCUCCAAGAGAACGAACCCGAAGAAGAAGACGUUUUAGUUUGCAGAGAAGCCUUGGAAUUGUUACCAAUAUGCAUGAUAUUGAAUAGACUCGCGUUGGAUAAUUUACACGGCGAGAAAUUAUGGCCACAUUUCAUCAUCGAUUUGGUUCUGAUUGCGCGUAACCGAGCUAUUCGCUAUUUCGCUAGCGAACAGAUAUUACUUAUGAUGUCCUUCUCGCAUAGUCAGCCGCCUUUGUUGAACUGUAUUUCAUUAUUAUUCAACGUUUUGAAUAAAGAUAUCGUAACCGAAAAUGGAUCUAGUGCGUUUGAAUAUUUUCAUUUACUGUGCCGAUUGAUUAGCGUUGUUCAGCAACGAGAAUGUAUCCUACCCAACAUUGAAGAAUUGUUGAAUUCCGAAAUUGCGUGGUUAAAGAUGGUGAAGGAUAACGUAAAAAGGUCUGGUACUUUGUUGGUUGAUGAAAUAUUGCUGGAAGGACAUUUAGGCAUCACGAAAGAAUUAUUAAGAUGCAUGUCCCCGGAAAAGAAGUACUUUUACGGUUCGGACGAGAACAGUUCGGUGAAAUUAGUCAAAGAGCUAAUCGAAGAUUUCAUAUUUCCGGCGUCCAAACAAAUGCUGCAUUUUGAAAAGACUAAAGAAACUGUUUUGGAAAGAGCAAUACCUGUGUGUAAUACGCCUCAGUCUUUAGAUUCGGCUUUUGAUUUGCUAGUCACACUAUGUAUGGGUUGCGCGUCGAAUUUAAGGCUAGUCGUACAAAUGCUUUGUGAUAUGUUCUAUUCCGAUCGUGAUGCUCCUUUGGUCGAAUGGGAUUAUUUACCGCCUGUCGGUCCUCGUCCACUGACUGGUUUCGCCGGAUUGAAAAACGCAGGUGCUACGUGUUAUAUGAAUUCUGUGAUUCAACAGUUAUACAUGGUGGAGAGUAUCCGAGUUAAUAUACUCGCCGCCGAAGGUGCAGCUACCGAUCCGAAUGAAGAUUUUUCUGGCGAAGAUAGAUAUGAUUUGGAUCAAAGUCCGGUUGAUACUGUUGAUGGAGAUGAGAAAUGUAGCGUCGACGAUGCUCGCAAAAAGUACAAUAUUAAUAUAUUGAAAGAAGUUCAAGCUAUUUUCGGGCAUUUGGCGUGCAGUAAAUUGCAAUACUACGUACCGAAAGGAUUAUGGAGGAAUUUCCGACUUCAAGGCGAACCGGUCAAUUUACGAGAGCAGCAGGAUGCGGUAGAAUUUUUCAUGAGUCUUAUCGAAAGCAUCGACGAAGCGUUGAAAGCGCUUAAUCACGAGCAAACCAUGAGUAAAGUGUUAGGUGGCUCGUUUUCGGACCAGAAAAUAUGCAAAGGCUGUCCUCAUAGAUACUGUAGAGAAGAGCCAUUUAGUGUAAUCAGCGUAGAUAUGCGAAACCAUUCGAAUUUAUUAGAUUCGUUAGAACAGUAUGUGAAAGGCGAACUUCUGGAAGGAGUUGAUGCGUAUCACUGUGAUAAAUGCGAUAAAAAGGUUGAAACUGUCAAACGUUUAUGCGUGAAAAAGUUACCUCCAGUACUUACAAUUCAGUUGAAGAGGUUCGAAUACGAUUUCGAACGAGUUUGUGCCAUUAAAUUUAACGAUUAUUUUGAAUUCCCGAGGAAUUUAGAUAUGGAACCGUAUACCGUCUCCGGUUUAGCUAAAGUUGAAGGAGAAUUAAUCGACUGUGAUAAUAUUUCACCGGAUGGCUCAUCCGACAGCAAUAAUAUCGAAGAAGUUUGUACCAAAUACCAGCUGACCGGUAUUGUCGUUCACAGCGGACAAGCCAGCGGUGGCCAUUAUUAUUCGUAUAUUUUGCAUAGGCAUAGUGACGGAUCUUCAAAAUGGUACAAGUUCGAUGAUGGCGAUGUCAGCGAAUGUAAAAUGGAAGACGAUGAAGAAAUGAAGUCGCAGUGCUUCGGAGGAGAUUAUAUGGGCGAAGUAUUUGAUCAAAUGCUGAAAAGGAUGAGCUACAGAAGACAGAAACGAUGGUGGAACGCGUAUAUGUUAUUUUAUACUCGUCUCGAUGUACAGGAAGAGCCUCUAGUCAAUAAUUUAAAACAGUUAUCUUUGUCUGAAUCGAGACUGAGCUUGUUGAAAAUGCCCGAACCAAUUGAAAAAAGUGUCAUUCGACAGAACAUUAAAUUUAUGCAUAAUCGUAAUCAAUUCAGUCAAGAAUAUUUUCAUUUCAUGAAACGCAUAGCGAUAUGCAACACGCCCACGAAUCAUCAAAACGCCUGCGAUAUGUUUUCGGAUUCGGUGAUGGAAGAGUUAUCUUUAUUGACGGUUCAGUUAGUAUCAAAGUUUCUGUUUCAUACCGGAUUUCAUACGAAAAAAGCGUUACGAGGACCAGCUUCUGAUUGGUGGGAAGUGUUGAACUUCCAUUUGAAAAGUUACAGCUCGGUCCGAAGAUGGUUCGCGUACAACAUUUUGUUAGAGCAUCCGCAUAGAUUUUGCGAAUACUUGCUGUCAUGCCCGAGUGCCGAAGUUAGAACGGCGUUUAUUAAAAUCGUUGCUCAUUUAGCUCAUUAUUCGGUCAAAGAUCCGGUACCCAGCGCGUCCAGUACACCAUUGAAUGUUUCAGCUAUAUUUUUCGAUACUACUUCGCCUCUCAGCGAUCAGAUUCUAAUCACAGCGUUGCAGUUGCUUAAUAAAGAGAUAUCUGAUCACGGUCGACAUCUUUCUCACUACUUCACUCUGUUUCAAAUUUAUUGCGGGUUUGGUACCACCGAAAGACAGCAGUUACUUAGGUUGAAUGUGCCAUGUUUAUUUUUGUUGGUUACUCUGGACGAGGGUCCAGGGCCUGCCAUUAAGUACCAGUAUACCGAAUUAAAUAAAUGCCAUGCUGUUAUUUCAACGUUAAUCAGAUGCUGUGACGUGAGAAGUCAGUGCAAUCCUUUUCAGGGUGCACCAAUGUUACCUAAUCCGUAUGCUGAGUACAGUAACGAUUCUUACAUUAUGGAAUUACAACCUCAAGUGCAAGAAAUAUUAUAUAAUCGUAUAAGCUACGUGAAAAAGUUGAUUGAAGAAGUACAGCUAACAGAAGAUACUUUAAAAUUGUUACAAUUCGUUUCGUGGGAAAAUCCGCACAUGUCUAAGACCAUCCUGAGCGAAGUGCUGUGGCAUAUAGCGUUCGCAUAUUGUAACGAAUUAAAACAUCAUAUCGAAAUGUUAUUGGCAUUGUUACGUAUGGAAGACUCGUGGCAACAGCAUCGUAUAUCGAACGCUUUAAAAGGGCUAUCACCAGAUCGCGAUGGUUUGUUCGAAAUCACAUUUCGUAGUAAAACGCAUUAUCAGAAGAGAUCCUACCAGUGUAUUAAAUGCAUGGUUAUGUUGUUCUCGAAAUGUCGCCUUGCCCAUAACAUGCUCAACAGUGAUCCUAAUCUGAAGAAAAAAUGGUGGCAAGCGGUCGAAUGGUUGAACGAAGAAUUAGAUAGAAGACCUUUCGUUUCGUCGCCGCCUUAUAAUUAUGCUAAUUGGCAGUCGACGAGUUCGGUUCCUUCGAAUGAUACUGCGAAUGGAUAUUUACUGGAGAGAUCCAAUUCGGCGAAGAAAACAUUGGAAAAAGCGCUGGAAAUUUGUCCCGAUACGGAAGGAGAUACGGACGAGCAAUCUGACGAUGGCGAAAGUUCGCAAACUGAAGAACUUACACCAAAUGAAAUUCAUCCUCCGCAGCCGGUCGUAAAGGGUGUCCAGCGAAUACCUUGGUUCAAAUCGGAACGUUUUCAGGUUCACGAUAGCGAAGUAUCCGGUAGUAAUUUCUCAAACCGGUCACCACCUCAGAGACUUAAUUUAAGAGAAACCAAUACAUCGCCAGUCCAAUCAGGGGUUCCUGUAGAGUUACCAUUAUCUGCAAUCGAAGCACCCAACGAAGAUGGAGGUGAAAGUAGUAAAUCAUCGGUCACAUGCUUCGAACAGACAGACAAGCUAAACGGCGUGAAAAGAAAACCGAUCACCGAAUCGAAUUCGCAACAGACUUCAUCUUCGACCGAUGUAUCGUAGUUUAUAGGAAAAAAAUUAUCGCUUUAUAAAUUGUAUUGCAUUUAGAAAUAACGAAAUAUUUUUGAAAAUAGCAUAUUCUUGCAACAGUCGCUAUGUACUAUGUAUAUAUAUGUUUGAUUUCGAAGUGGUUUUUCAACGCUUUUCGAAUGAUCCUGUUUGCACAUAACGCGUUGUAAUUUCAUAAUAUGAUACGAAUCGGAAAAAUUUUGUUAUUACUUUUUUUUUUUUACUUGUAUCGAAGAACAAAACAUUUAUUUGAAAAAAAAUGAUUCUUUUUUUCUUUUUUUUGUUUUUCGUUUUAUUUUUUAUUUGAAUUUCAUUUGUGCUAUAGUAGUGUGUUUUCUUAAUUUAAAAAAAAAUACUAUUCAAUCGAAAUGUAUCCGCGAUACUGUGACGUGGUUAUAAUUUAUAAAUUAAAAAAAAAAAUGUCUGUGAGAUGAAAAUUUUUUAAAUGAUUUUUUCCGUCUUUGGAGCGCGAUUAAUGCCGACGUAAUUGCUUCUACGUAUAAUUUAUAAAUUGGUGAUGAAAAAAUAUUUUAUAAAGUCGAAUAAAUUUUGUAGGUUGUAAUUUGUAAGUUUGAUUUUAAAUACGUACGUUAUUACGCAAUGUUUACAAAGUACGAGAGCGCUGUAUAUUAUUUUAUCUUAUUGUCUAUUAAUUUUUAAAAAAAUGUAAAUGUUGUAUUUAUAUAUUGUUUAUGAUGAAAAGUUCGAUGGAUAAAAAUACCCCUUUUUAUUAUUUCAUAAUCGCAAUAAUUUUCUUUGAAAAAGUUCCUUUUAAAAUUAAUGCAAAAUCAUUAAAUAAAGUAUGGAUUUAGGAGUAGUUGCUAAUGUACGUGAUAUAAAGUAUUUAAAUGUUUAAUUUUCAUGUAAUUCGUAACGUUAUACACUUCUACGAUGUACGUUGUAAUCGACGCUAAGAACGGUAUUUUUAUAGCGCACUUGAAACUGAACUGUACGUUAUUUUUUCUCCCCUUAAUCGUUUGUUUAAAUGUUGCUCAAAUUUAUACAGAUUUUUUUCUCGUUCAGAUUUCAGUGUAUUUCGAUAGCGUCGAAAAAGUUAACGCAGCAAUGUUGUAGGGAGAUUUUUAUUAGUGUACUAUUCGAGGUGCUUCUUAAAAUCGAGUUACAUACUAUAAAUAGUAAUUUAACGUUUAAUUGAUUUGUAAUCGAGUCAGCUUCACUAUGAUUUAAAAGUAAAGAAAGAUUCGAAAAUGUAAUCGCGGUGAAAGUUUUCAUACGUGGAUGCCUGGCAACACUGUAGUGAUUUAUUAAUUCGAUCGCAAGGCUGAAAAAUUUAUUAUGUACGUAAUUUUUAUAUACUUAUAUAGAGAGCAAUAUUUAAAUGCACUUGAUCGGCAUUUUUGCACGUUUUUUUGUAUUUUUAAUUUUUUUUUUGUUUUUUGUCGUCUUUUUUUUCAUAUCAUUUGCAUGCAGUGUUGUCCAUGUCCAGUAUUGAUCUACGUAGAUCAUUUAGUCGGAUAGAUCGUUAUUUUUAUAUAGUUUAUUAUAUUUUAUAUUUUAUUCUUUCUGUGUUAUUUAUAUACCUUGAUUUUGUUGCGCUUUCUCAAAUGCUUAAAUUAACUUAUAUAUUACAUCCUACCACCGUCACCUCAUCAUAUACGUCCUGUACUACCCAUUCUAUAUACAUUUGCGAAUUAUUCAAAAAAAAGAGCAACGAUUCUUCUUUAUUUCUUUUUUUUUUCUACCAUAUUGUAGCAAUUCGCCUAUGUAUGUUUUUUUUUUCUUUAUUAUUAAUGCUGAUUUUUUUUUCUUCUUUUGUUAACCUUUAUUUUUAUAGUUUUAUAUGUCGUUCAUUUUGUUAACACGUAUCUGAGUAUUUUGUUAUUAACUUGUAGUAAAGAUCAUUAUUCAAGUGAUACGAUUCUUAUGUUUGUACUUUUUUGCAUUAUAUUUCGCUACCAAUAUUGCAGUAAAUUUGUAUGUGACAUUUUUUUUUUGUGAAAUACACAAAUGAAUUGAA